AAAUUGCUAGAAUGGAACUGCUAGUUUCACACUCGUUUAAUUUACAUUAGUGUAGCGGUAAUUAUAGUAUUAAAGCAAUUUUGAUUUUUGGUCUGAACUUAGUAAUUUUUACUAUUUGUUUCAUAUUUCGUUGGACAAUUCACAAAAAUAGCUAGAGCACAAGUUGUAAAUUCCGGUUUUUGAGUGCUGACUUUUUCAUCAAAAUAUUAUUAAAUCAAAUUAUCAAGAAAACAAUAAGAAUUGUAGCUUUCAAUUCAGAAAUGGCUGCUGUCGAGUCACUUGUGAAAGUCGAAGAAAAACCAGUCAAUAGAGAAAAGACUUGUCCACUGUUAUUGAGGGUGUUCUGUGCUUUGGGGCAUCAUAAUAAUAUGGCUGAGUAUUACAGAGGUGCUGUACCUGGCAACGAACUCCAAAUAUAUACAUGGACGGAUGCAACUCUAAGAGAAUUAACAGGUCUUAUUAAGGAGGUUAAUGUUGAAUCACGAGCACGUGGAACUACAUUUGAUUUUGUCUUAGUAACACCUGAAUACAGCUCGCCUAGAUUUAUUGGAUAUGAAAUUGGAACUACAGUGGCAGGAAAUAGAUCACCUGGCGACUUAAAAACUUUAGCUAACACAAGAUUUACCAUUGGCGACUAUUUAGAUGUUUGUAUUACUCCGCCUGAAAAUCGUUUUAUGAGAAGACCAGCAUCGAUGCGUUAUAGAAAUUAAUGAAAAUUACUUUUUUUUUUUUAUAACUAAAUUACUAAAACUGAUGGUAAAUAUAUGACUAUUUUGGCUUAUACAUUAUACAGCAAGACAUUUUUCAAUUAAUUUUUGGUAUCUUUGUAAUUUUUAUUUUAUAGUUAAUAAAAAAAAAUUUGGCAUGUUUAAACAUUACAUAAAUAAAUCACAAUUUUUUAAU